UAGAUACUUUACUAGCGUAUAUGCAACCAUUUUUACUUCCAGCUGAAAGUUGUUUACCUAUAGUUAAUCAGCAAUAAUCACCAUAAUUCAUCAAUUAUUACAUGAAGAGCAACUUGAAACAUUAAAAAACAAACCAAAAAUGUAAAUUAAGUUUAAAUAUGGGUUAAGUUUCGAUGUGCCACCACGUUUAACACAUUACAAUGCAACGAAUAUGUUUAGUAUCCGAUUUUUUCUACCCUAAUGUGGGAGGAGUAGAAGAACAUAUAUACAAUUUAGCACAAUGUCUGAUUUCAAGGGGUCAUAAAGUCAUUGUGAUUACCCACAGCUAUGAUAAUAGGAAAGGUAUCAGAUACAUGACAAAUGGACUAAAAGUUUACUACCUCCCAAUAAAAGUCUUCUACAAUCAAUGUAUUCUUCCAACUAUGAUUGCAAACAUUCCAUUAAUAAGAUACAUUUAUAUCAGAGAGAGGAUUGAAAUAGUCCAUGGGCAUUCAGCUUUCAGUGCACUUGCACAUGAAGCAAUGCUAAUUGGAAACUUAAUGAAGUUAAAGACUGUAUUUACGGAUCACAGUCUUUUUGGGUUUGCUGACAUGUCUGCUGUUUUGACCAACAAGUUUUUGGAGAUUUCUUUGGUCGCAUGCACGCAUUGCAUUUGUGUGUCGCACAUCGGUAAAGAGAACACGGUCUUACGGGCGAAAGUUAGUUUUGAUCGGGUGUCAGUAAUACCGAAUGCGGUAGAUACAUAUUCGUUUACUCCACAAGUUCAAAUGAGACCGAAAGAUUCCAUUGUUAUAGUAGUAGUAUCACGUCUGGUUUAUCGCAAGGGCGUCGAUUUGAUGGCGCAAGUGAUGGCGGACAUCUGUGUUAGGUAUCCCAAUGUAAGUUUUCUGAUUGGUGGCGAUGGUCCCAAACUGUGGCUGCUGCAGGAAAUCCGCGAACAGUUCGGUUUGCACGACAGGGUAACAUUGCUAGGCGCAUUAAAACAUUCCGAGGUGACCGACGUUUUAAAUCAGGGGCAUAUCUUCUUGAAUACCUCAUUGACAGAGGCAUUCUGCAUGGCUAUCGUUGAAGCCGCAUCAUGCGGAUUGCACGUGGUAUCUACACAAGUCGGAGGCAUUCCAGAAGUUCUACCAAGUGAUAUGAUAUUUUUAACGGAACCCACUGCCGAAGCUUUAAUUAAAGGUGUUGAAGCUGCAAUUGCCAAAAUGGAAGCUGGCGAUAUACCGUGUCCAUACGUAAAUAACGACCGAGUGCGUUCAUAUUACAACUGGCUAAACGUAACACAACGAACCGAGGUUGUUUACAAUCACAUUUUAAGAACUGAAUUGAAAAGCCCCGGGGAACAACUCGCUAGUUACUUGUCAACGGGGGCUUGGCCAUUCCUCCUCGUAGUUACUUUAUGUAAAGUUAUUUUAAUGAUACUGGAAUACAUUUUUCCAUCCAAGAACAUCGAUAUUGCUCCAGAUUACGAUAUGGAAGUGAUCCUAAAACGAAGAGAAAAGAAAAUAAAUUAAUAUUAUCAACAAUCUAUGAUAAUGUUCAAUUUAUGCCAUAAUAAACGUUAUAUGUGCUGUAAAAUUGAAUCGGCGCAUGUGCAGCAAAA